ACAAUUAUUAACAACUGAAAAGAAUUCCUGGCUGGGCUUAACGUUCAAAAAGCCCUAAUCGCGGCGUUUCGGCAGCCAGAAGCCGUCGGUCGUAUUCCCGCAAUCGGCGCCGGCCGCUUUCGCUUCUCCGGGAUUGGUGUUCUUGCCCUGUCAUCUUUACCUAAUAGUGCUAAUUUGGGCAAUUGAUUUGGAUAAUGGCCGGAGCUGAUAAGCCAUCCACGGCGAAAACUCCUGCUGAUUUUCUCAAAUCUAUACGCGGUCGACCUGUUGUAGUCAAGCUGAAUUCGGGGGUCGACUAUAGAGGUAUUCUCGCGUGUCUGGAUGGAUAUAUGAAUAUUGCAAUGGAACAAACAGAAGAAUACGUAAAUGGUCAGCUGAAGAACAAGUAUGGCGACGCCUUCAUUCGUGGAAAUAAUGUUCUUUAUAUCAGUACGUCGAAGGGAACCCUGGCCGAGGGAGCUUAAACUUUUCCAUUCGACGAUACUGUUGACGAUGAUCGUUAGUCGAAACUGCCUGCUUUCUCUAAAAGCUAAGCUGAAAUCAGUUUAGAGCUGUCUUUCGAUCUUGGAACUUAUUUGUUUUUUACCUUUGGAUAUUUCAUUUUUCUCAGUAUUUUAGGUCGUUGAAUUUGAAAUUUGCAUGGAUUUUUUUUUAUUUAUUAUUAUUAUUAUUUUUAUUUC